UUGAUACGUCAAGGAUUCAUUCAAGUAACUUAUCAUUUAGCAGGCGCUGUAAAAGGAAAAGCUGACGUAAUGCCGUGCCCGUUUUUGACACGUCUAUCCGCUAAUUACGUACGUAAUUAUAGCGCUUUAUUGAUAACUAAUUACCGACAGUACUGUCCAGUUAUGUCGAGAUUGUCAAGCACAUUAGCGGACACUGAAACCGAAACUGCCAAGGUUAAACCAGCAAUUAAGCAAUGUCCAUUCCUUUUAAAAGAACCCGAUGCAGUAAAAGAAGCAAGUUCAGCAGUUGAAGAGGACAUCAUUAGUCUAGGUGAUUCUAAAAAUGAAGAAAAGUCAUUUCCUUAUGAAGAAUAUUUUCAUGAGCAAAUAGUUAAGAAAAAGAAGGACCAUUCUUACCGGGUAUUUAAGAAAGUAAAUCGUCUUGCUCAAGAGUUUCCUACAGCGAUGGAGUACUCUUGGGGUGAAAAACCAAUAACUGUUUGGUGUUCAAACGAUUAUUUAGGAAUGUCCCGUCAUCCUGCGGUUACAGGGUCUGUACGUAAAGCAUUGGAUAAAUUUGGAGCCGGUGCCGGUGGUACGAGAAAUAUUUCCGGUAAUUCAAUGGGCCAUGAAAUGUUGGAGAAACGACUUGCCGAUUUGCAUCAAAAAGAGGCUGGUCUUCUCUUUACCUCGUGCUUCGUAGCUAAUGAUUCAACACUAUUUACCCUAGCUAAAAGUCUCCCAGGUUGCCAUAUAUUUUCAGAUUCUGGUAAUCACGCUUCCAUGAUACAAGGUAUUAAAAAUAGUGGUGUUCCUAAGCAUAUAUUUCGACAUAACGACGUAAGACAUCUUGAAGAAAUGUUGUCUAGUAUUGAUCGUUCAUUGCCUAAAAUAGUAGCAUUUGAAACAGUACAUUCCAUGGAUGGAAGUAUAUGUCCAUUAGAAGAGAUGUGUGAUAUUGCUAAAAAAUAUGGAGCUAUAACAUUCAUUGAUGAAGUACAUGCUGUUGGGUUGUAUGGUUACUCUGGUGCUGGCAUCGGAGAACGUGACCGGGUACUUCAUAAAAUGGAUAUAAUAUCGGGUACACUGGGUAAAGCUUUUGGGAAUGUUGGUGGCUAUAUUGUAGGCUCCUCUACGCUUAUUGAUAUGAUAAGAAGUUAUGCUGCUGGGUUUAUUUUUACAACUUCACUCCCUCCUACGGUACUCUAUGGCGCGCUGGCUGCUGUUGAAAUUUUAGCAUCUGAUGAAGGUCGAGCUCUCAGAGAAAUGCAACAGCAAAACGUCGCUUAUUUGAAAUCAACGCUUACUUCUGCUGGUCUUCCUUUACAACAAUCACCGUCUCAUAUCAUUCCAGUUAAGGUUGGAGAUCCACUAGUCUGUAGUCAAAUAGCUGAUGCACUGCUGAAAAAUAAAGGGCAUUAUAUUCAAGCCAUUAAUUAUCCAACUGUUGCAAAGGGUGAAGAAAAACUACGGAUCGCACCUACGCCGAAACAUUCACCAGAAAUGAUUGAUAAAUUCGUACAAGACCUACUUGACGUUUUUAAUCAACUCAAUGUACCUAAAUUGCCACGUAGCUCUGAACAUUUUGUCCAAGCUAUAAAAGUUCAUUAA